AUGCUGCCCUUGUGGACCCUGGGCCUGCUCCUGCUGACCACAGUCACAGGGAAGGAGAUUUGCUACAAACCUUUUGGCUGCUUCUCCAAUGAGAAACCAUGGACCGGCAUUUUGCAGAGACCCAUAAGCCUAUUUCCUUCGUCCCCAAAGGAAAUCAACACCCGCUUACUUCUGUACACGAAUGAGAAUCCCAACAACUACCAACUCAUCAGCUCCACUGACCUCAGCACCGUUGAUGCUUCAAACUUCAACUUGAACCGCAAGACACGGUUCAUCAUCCAUGGCUUCAUCGACAAGGGAGAGGAGAACUGGCUGGUGGACAUGUGCAAGAAAAUGUUUCAGGUGGAGCAGGUGAACUGCAUCUGCGUGGACUGGAAAGAUGGCUCCCGCACGCUCUACACCCAAGCUGUGCACAACAUUCGCGUGGUGGGAGCAGAAAUCGCCUACUUCCUAAAUGAGCUGUCGAGCAAGCUGGGCUACCCGCUGGAGGACGUGCACAUCAUAGGCCACAGCCUGGGCGCACAUGCAGCAGGGGAAGUGGGCAGGAGACUUGGAGGCCACCUGGGCAGGAUCACAGGGCUGGAUCCCGCCCAGCCCUGUUUCCAGGGGGGGCCGGAGGAGGUGCGUUUGGACCCAUCAGAUGCAAUGUUUGUGGAUGUGAUCCACACGGACACAGCCCCCUACAUCCCAAAUCUGGGUUUGGGAAUGAGUCAAAAAGUGGGACAUCUGGAUUUCUUCCCUAAUGGAGGCAAGUACAUGCCUGGGUGUCAGAAAAAUAUUAUCUCGACCAUUGUGGAUAUAAACGGACUCUGGGAAGGAACCCGUGACUUUGUAGCGUGCAACCACCUAAGAAGCUACAAGUACUACUCAAGCAGCAUUCUCCAACCCAAUGGCUUCCUGGGCUACCCCUGCGCCACCUACAAUGAUUUUCAGGAGAAUCGUUGUUUCCCUUGUCCAGCUGGAGGAUGCCCCAAAAUGGGCCACUAUGCUGACCAGUUUCAGGGGAAAACUAAUGGUGUGGAGCAAACUUUCUUCCUGAACACAGGAGAGUCUGGUAACUUCACUCGUUGGAGAUACAGGGUCAUAGUCACACUCUCUGGAAAAAAGAAAAUGAAUGGCUUCAUCAAGGUGGCUUUGUAUGGCAAUAAUGGAAACUCAAAACAGUAUCAAAUUUUCAAAGGCUCCCUCAAACCACAAGCAAAUUAUAUGAAUGACAUUGAUGUGGACCUUGAUGUUGGAAAAAUCGAGAAGGUCAAGUUUCUCUGGAACAAAACUUUGCUAAAUCUCUUGAAACGCAAACUAGGAGCUUCCCAAAUCACUGUACAACGUGGUGAAGAUGGGAUUGGGUAUAAAUUCUGUAGCAAAGAUACAGUGAAUGAAGAUGUUCUGCAAACCCUUUACCCUUGUUAA